GACUGUGUCCGGUUUCCGCAGGGCGCAGAGGAUUGUGGGGUGGGCUGAGGGGGGUGCUUCUGGGGUGGGAGGGAGGCCGCCCCUCCCUGGGCUGAUGCCGAACGCGGGACUUGGGGAGGCGGGAGCCCCCGGGGGGCCGGAGCGGGGGCCCUUCCCGCCGGGGCACUUACCCCUCAGCCUGCUCACCAGCUACGGCUGUGACCCCAGCUUAGAGCACCACAAGGAAGAGGAUCUCAACAACUUCAUGGAGAAGCUGAUGAUGGAGAACCUGUACGGCCCCCCCAGCAGUGCCAUGAAGUGUAAAGCUGAGGAGAUAGCAGACUCAGACGAAGAGCUCUGCUAUUACUACGACAAUGAUGGGGAGUAUUACGAGGAUGAGGAGGAGAAGUGGGACGAUUUCAACAAGGAGUGCGAUGCAAAGACUGAUGAGGACUCACUCCCUGGUACCUUCUGUGGCUUCAGGAAAUCCUUCCUGUGCAAGGACACCUCACCAGCUCCCCCGCCCCAGAAGUCGCUGGACUGUCAACUGCUGGACCUGAAAUUGCCCCAGAGGCAGCGGGUGACCGCAGAGGAAGCGGAGAAGAACGCCAAGGAGCUGGUAGCUGAGGAAGAGCGAGUUAAAAGGAAAGCAGAGAAGAAAAGACUUAAGAAGAAGAGGCAGAAAGAUCGGAAGAGGCAAGAAAAACUAGAACAAGAAUUGAAGCCCAAGCCCGAGAUGAAGUUGAAUGAACCUUGUCUGAAUGGUGACGUGGAGGAGGAAGGCGCCAUGACAUCAUUGCGGAGGGGGACCCUGGACUCUAGCUCCUCCCGGAGAGAUCCCAGCAAGGCCCCAGCUCCUAGGAGAGGGGAGGGAGCCAGGGCCCAGGACAGGAGUGCAGACAUGAGCACCGAGGAGGAGACGGAGGAUGAGCUGGACUUGAGCAGCACCUUUGUCUCCAAAGCUCAGCGUAAGGUGGGCGUGAAGCCGCUGACGCCCAGGAAGGAGAAGGUGCCCAGAGCUGAGCACAAGGAGCCGGACAGGAAGCCCCAGCAGGAGGUGCCGAGGCCUGGGCAGGACGGGAGGGGAGUGGAUCCCAGCACAGUGCUAGCAGGCUAUGGGAACGAGGCGGCAAAGCGGAGCUGCUUCCAGGAGGCCGUGUUCUUCUUCACUGAGGCUGUCAAACUCAACCCUCGGGAGCACAGGCUCUUCGGGAACCGCUCGUACUGCUAUGAGAGGAUGCAGCAGUACGACAAGGCCCUGCGUGACGCCCACGUGGCCUUGAGCCUCCUGCCCGGCUGGCCCAAAGGCUUUUUCCGCAAGGGCAAGGCCCUCAUGGGGCUGAAGCGCUACGCUGAGGCCAAAAGCACCUUCCUGGAGCUGCUGCAGCUGGACAGCUCCCAUGCCGAUGCAGCCACCCAGCUGGAAGUCUGCAAGGUGCAGCUCAUCCUGGAGAACGGCUUCAGCAGCUUUAGCGGUGAGAGGAGCCUGCUGGUGGAGCCGUCGCUGGGAGCCACAGAGUCCCAGCCGGCGGGGCCUGGUGAGCAGGCCAGGAGCUGGUCCCUGGGCAGCAGUGGUUACGCCGAGGGGGACGAGGAUGGGGAGAGCGGGUUUGUGACCAUCACUAGCUCGCGGAGCCGAGGGAAAGGCCCAGCCCAGCCGGGGCUCCGGCCCAGCGGCAGGGAGACCCCAGCUAGCACCAGACACCCUGUAGCCACUGUGCAUCAGGCCAGGGAGUGGUACGCUGUGUGGGUCGGGAACGUCACCCCCAGGAUCACCCAGAAGUUGCUGCGCAGCUAUUUUGAGGCGUUUGGGCCCAUCCACUCGGUGCGGAUGCUCCCGGAGAAGUACUGCGCCUUCAUCAACUACACCAAGAAGGAGGCUGCGGAGGCGGCCUACGCAGCCCUGCAGGGGGCCGAAGUGGAAGGAACCAAGUUUGUGCUGCAGCUGAAGCACCCUGACCAUGCAACCCCGGCCCCUGGUAGGGCUGGCCCUGGCAAUGCCCCGCGGCCUGUGGGGAGGGAGCCGGUGCGAGUGCCCCCCACCCUGGAGUGCCAUUUCUGGCGGAACGCCGGCUGCAGCUAUGGGGCCGACUGCCGUUUCCGCCACCUGCCCCAGAGCAAGGGGCUGGACAAGAAGCUGGCUCAGCACUAGGGCCCUGCCCUGGCCCCAUCAUUGCAGGGGUCUGGAGGCCGGAUGUCCCCAGGCUGACAGCUGGCUCCUCCCUGGCCAUGCUGCCUCGUGGGCACAGAGUGACUGGAUGGCCACCAUGCUGGGCCUUCCCGAGGCCCCUCCAGCUGCUGCCUGUUGCCUACCUGUGGCCCAGCGCCAGCCAGUGGGCAUCACCCCCCCGGGGUAGGACUGGACUCGCUGCUAUGCGGAUGGGGACCCUGGCUGGCUGUGCUGUGGGUUCCCCUUCCCUGGGAAGGAGCCGUGCAAGCUGGGUGGGGCGGCCCCCACCAGGGGCUGCCUUGGGGUUGGUUGGCCUGGAGGGAAUCGCUGGGCCUCUCCUGGCAGGGAGGGCUGGAAUUCAGGGCCCUGCCCGUGGCCCAGUGGGGGCACUGUGCCCCACACCUAUGGGGGCACUGGAGCUGGCUGCAGACCCCUUUGCCUUAUUAUGGAGUGAGGCCUAUGGGGACUACAACUCCCAGCAUGCGAUGGAACCAUGCUGUUGGGAUGAAGGGCAUUGUGUCAUGCUGGGAGUUGUAGUCUCCACCCCCCAGGCUGCUCUUCCAUGGCUAUUUCAUACCAAAAAUUGUCCCGGGGCAGGUUCCUGCCUCAGCCAUGCUCUCUCCUUCCUGCCUUCUGAUUGGCUGAGCCCUGGGUCUGUUACACUGACUCUGCCCUGCUGGGGCCUGUCUGUGCGGCGAUGGUUUGCUCCCUCUGAAGCACUGUUGGCAGACAGGACACUGGGCUAGAUGGACCAUUGGCCCGACCCAGUCUGGCCGUUCUUCUGUAGCUCUUUGUGGGGGGCUGGCUGGGUGGGGAGCAUGGCCCAGGGUCAGGGUUGGGCUGUGGCCCCAGUCCAUAGAGCCGCCCCCGGUUCCACUUGGGCUUUUAACAUUGUCCCUUUGUUUCUGGAACAUCCCUCUGCCCUCGGGGCUAACCUAUGCCACCCCAUACAGAGCCCCACAGGCCUGGGCCAGCCCCGUGCUCCCCCCUGCCAUGUGGUGCUCUCGGCACCGGGCAGGCUGGUCCCAGGUCCCCUUUCGCUCAUGUGCAGCGAUGCCCCUGGGGCUUUCUGCCCUAGUGCUGGCUCUGUUUUUGGCUCUGGCCCAGUCUGGCUGCUUUCUGCCUCACCUGUCUCCCACAGCCCUGAGUGCAAAGCCAGCUGGGUACCAGGGAGCUGCCUUGCCCUGCUGAUCACAGAGACCAGCUGGCUGCUCUGGGCAGGUGCCGGGCUGUGGAUGGCUGAAGGGCCAGGAUCUGCCUGGGGGCGAUGAUGCAAAUUGACCUGUUAUGGCCCUGAGAGUGCCCAGCCUGUGCGUUCAGUGGGUGGGCCUUGCUCCUGAGCUGUGGGGCAGGGAGCUGCUACCCUGGUGGGGCUCUGCAGGCUCUUCCCCCAGGCAGCCCCGGGUUUGCAGUGGGUGCGGCGCCCAACGGGAAUUUGUUCAGGGAUUUGUACCUGCCUGGGGAUUUACAGAUUGUUCUUAAUAAAACUCAUUAAAGAA